AUGAAGUCUACUGUUCUUUUAUCCGUUUUCACCCACCUCUCGAUUGUUCUUGCCGCACCUGCUGGCACCUAUGAAGCGACCGCUACGCGGGAUAUUCAGCAAACAGAGGGGCUUUUAGACCCUGCUGAAGGUCUUGUUAAAGGUCUGCCCCUCCUCGGCGGUCUCUUGGAUGGUCUUCUGCACCCUGUUAUUGGCACUCUGAAUGGCGUCACCGACAAGCUCCCAGUUGGUGGGCUGACUAAGGACCUUGGUGGUACCCUCGGUGCCUCAGGCAGGGAUGAGAUUCGAAAUUUUCUGUUUUAA